AUUGCUAAUCAAGCAGCACAACACAAUUAACUUUUCUAUGGUAAAUUUUCAAUGAUUUUUUAGUCCAAGCAAUUAGUUGAUUGCUAAUUGCAAACUUUUUUGUUUUUCACGUUUCCAAAUCUUACUCUCGCGACUCUCUUACAAUUAACUUGUGAUUUUCAUCUUAAUCAAAUUGAUUAAACAUCAUCAUCCAUCCUUACACACAACUAGUAAACCCUAAUUGUGUCUCUAUCAUUAAUUAUUUAACUAAUUACGUUCACCUUUACCUUAUAAACUUUGUUUCCUUUUUCCUUCUUGUGCUUCAUCCCAAUUUUAUUACUACAGAAAAACAAAUUAACUAUUUUCUUGAUCGAAGAAAAAAAAAGUUCAUUAUCAGUUCGUAUUAAUAGUUGACAAUUUAUUUUAAUUGUUAUUGCAACAAAUCAAACAAAUUACACUCAAUAUGAUUACCUUAAUUGUUACAUCUUUUGCUUAUUGUAUCAAGCAUUUAAUCAACAUUUACCUUUAUUCAGUUCUAUUUAUUAUCGUUAAUACCUGGAUUGGACUCGAUUUUGGCCUAUCAAGGAUUUAUGUUCAAUUACUCGAUAAAUUGUUCAAGUUGAUUGAAAAAAAUGAGAAAUUUUUUUUCCAUCAAACGAAAUCAUCAGCUGAGUUGAAAGUAGGCAAUGAAACUGAAUCAAAAUCAAAGAUCAAUGGUUACACCAAACAGGAAGUUGAGUCAUUUUUCACUGCAAAAUCUCCGGACCAUUGGAACCUUCUCACAUCAACCUUGCGACCCAAAGGUCAAAAUGAAGAUCGUCAAUUGACCUUUUUAGGUAAAGUUCUGUUCACAUUUGGACUUUUUCUAAGGUUUGGCCUACUUUUCCCGAUUCGAUUGUUACUCUUAGCCUACACUCUUCUUCAAACGAUCGUCGUAGUGGUCAAUUUGGCCUACGUACUGCCCGCUAAUAAGUUCCGUGACCUUUACUAUAACUUUUGCUGGCGACUUACAUUCCGUUUGUUUGCUCAAAACUUUGGCUGUUAUUUUAAUUACCAUGGGACUCAUAACUGUCAUCAAGCUGGAGGAGUCGCCGUUGCCAAUCACACUGGACCAAUCGAUAUAAUCGCACUAGGUGAACAUAUAAGGUACAGUUUUAUGGGACGUCGUCGAAAUGGCCUUUUGGGUUACCUUUACUCGACCCUUGAAGUUUGCGGGGGAAAUGUUUGGUUUGACCUUAGCGAAAAGGAGACGAUCAAAGAGCGACUUCGGUCCCGAGUCCAUGAUCCCGUUAGUUAUCCUCUUGUUGUCUUUCCCGAAGGCACUUGUACCACAACCGAUUGUAUCUUACGUUUCCGUAAAGGAGCCUUUGAACUCGGAUGUUCAGCUUAUCCGAUUGCAAUUAAGUAUGAUCUAAGGUAUGGUAAUCCAUUCUGGAAUAGUAAACACAUUGGAUUCUUGGGAUUGUGUGUUAAAUUAUUUACCAAUUGGUCAAUUGUUGGGGAUAUUUAUUACUUACCACCGGUCAAUAAGAAGGAAUCUGAAUCAUGCAUUGAAUUUUCACUUCGAGUUCAAGGAUUGAUUGCUGAUCAAAUCGGAUUGAAAAAGGUUGAUCUUGAUGGCUACACAAUUAAAUAUGGUAAUUGUAACAAUAACAAUUCAGAGGAAAACGAUAAAAGUUUCCAAUCAAGUGAAACAAUUGUUGAAACAAUUAAUCAACAAUCAGCUACAAUUGGCUCGAAAAAUACAUUCUCACAUCAUGCUAAUCAAUCACUCGGUCUUGGACUUAACGGUGAAUUGAUCACCCGAUCUUAUUAAAAUUACUUAAUCAUUUCAAAGAUUUUUUUAAUUGUUUGACUAAUUGUAUUAACCAUUUAGCUAAGAAAUGGUUUCAUAUUUAUAUAUUUUCAAUAGUAUUUUAUUAAUUGUUAAUUUAUCUCGUUUUUUUUACAACUGAUUAAAUUGAAAAUUCAAUUAUCAACUAGACUUGUCUACUCAUUUAUUUGAUUAACUUUCCAUUGAUUAUAAAUUGUGUAGCUUAAUUAAUUAGCUGCUAACUAUUUGUCAUGUGUCUAUGUGUAUAUAAGAUAUGUUUCUAGUAACUUUAAUUAUUAGUUAAUUGUUGGUUCGUCAGUGAAUCUGAUUGAUUUGUUUUCAGUGAAAAUGUUUCAUCUCAUUGGAUUGUAUUUAAAGUAUCAAACUUACUUGGCCUUUUUUUGUAUUGUCGUUAAUUUUUUGGGGCUAAAUUUGGGUAUUCAAUCAUUUUACCUCGAUUGUUUGGCUAAAUUGUUCCAAUAUAUUCACAACAAUGAGAGCGAGUUUUUUACAAAGAAACGAAAAUUAAUUAGUAAAUCAAAUGAAGAUCCUGAGACAAUCAAAUGUGAAGGUUACACUAAACGGGAAAUUGAACAAGGUUAUAGUGAGAAAGAUGCUGACCUAUGGAAUCUCCUGAAACCAACAUGGCAACCCAACGAAUCAGAAUAUGAAUACAAGGUGAACAAUUUAGGAUUAUUGUUGUAUUAUUGUGGCCUAACUAUUAGAUUAGGAAUUUUGUUACCACAUCGAUUGAUCAUCUUUCUCAUGGUGUUGAUCUGUUCUUAUGGUGGUACCAGUUUUCUAGAGCUACUGUCAAUCUUUUUUCCGAAUUCACCGCUAAUUUCAGUUCUUCGUGGGUCAAUUUGUAGAAUGGGGUUUCGUCUCAACGGAGUGAGUUUCUUUUUGCACUGUACCAACCACGUAGAUGAAAAUAAAGUGGAUCAAAGUGAUUUUGACCUUGGUGGUUGUGGAAUCGCAAUUCCAAACCACACCGGGCCAACUGAUAUUCCCGUUCUACAAACAUAUAAAGACUUUGGUUUCAUGUUCGCCAUGAAAAAAGGGUUUCUAAUUAAUCCAACCUACAAGUCGCUUAGUAAGGUCGGAAAUUUUGUCCGUUGCGAGCCAACUGAUGGAUCGGCAGUGAUUAAACAACGAAUCAUUGAACGAGCAAGUAAAAAAGAUCACAAUCCGUUGGUGAUAUUUGCCGAAGGUACUUGCACUUCAGUUGAUUCAAUAAUGAUGUUAAAAAAGGGAUCUUUUGAAUUGGAUUGCAAAAUUUGGCCCAUUGCAAUUAAGUACAAUCAAUUGUAUUGUCAACCCUUUUGGGACAGUAGAACUCAAAGUUUCAUCGGUUUUGUUUUCAAACGUUAAUCAAUUGGUCAGUCGUUGCUGAUAUUUAUCAUCUUCCACCGGUCAUCAGAAAGGAAUCUGAGUCUAGUAUUGAAUUUGCUAAUCGUGUCCAAGGACUAAUUGCCAAUCGUAUUGGAUUAAAACAGAUCAAUAUUGAUGGAAUCAAAGCUAAACAAGGAAAACUAUCGUUUAAUUGUGACAAUUAACUGUGGACAAUCAAAAAAUGGUAAACCAUUAGAACGCAAUUAAAACUUGAACUAAUUUAGUAUCGCAAAGUGUUUUCAGAUCAAUUUAAAACUUAAUUUAAUAAAUUGAUCAUUUAAUUUCACUUAAUCUUAUCAAUUGUGUCUUAAUUGUUAUCAACUAAAUAUACUAUUGAAUAAGAUGAUUAAUAAUCAAACAAUAGGUUGUAAGCAACGACAUGAAAUACUCAAUGAAUUUGAAAUGAAUUAAAUUGAAACUCAAAAUAAUCAGACAAAAAGGUUCAGAACUUUUUUCCAGAAAAAAAACUUCCUUCAUGAUAAUCUUAUCAUGAUGAUGAUAAUCAUCAUUAUAAACAUGAUCACGAUUCUUGAUGUAAUAAUGAGUUUUCAUCUUGAACUCACACUCGAAACAUUAAAUAAUAUUAUUGGAUUAAAGUUGAAAAUUGAUUCAAUUCUUAACACUUUCCUUGGUUGAUUGUCACUCUAAUUUGAUUCAUUACCAUUUUAAUCAUUGAAACAACCAAACUUUUCUAAAAUGAUUAAGAUUUUCACAGAAUCAACAACAAUUUAAUUCACAAUUGUUUCCAAUUAAAUUGAGCAACUUGUCUAACUGAUUGAUACUAUUAUUAUGUUCAACUUUAAUCAUCUACUGUUCAGAAUUCACAUGAAAUUUGAUUAAAUAAUUAUUAUGAAUUCAUUACUUAAUCAUAAUUAUUGUUACAUAUCCUGACAAGGUAAAUGUAUUAUAAUUUAUAGUUACUUCAUGUAUCUUGUUGAUAUUAAUUUGACACAAUCAAAAUUUCAAUUCAGUUUCACAAAAUCUGAAUUAUCUUCAUCCAUAUUGUUCAAAUGAAACUGAUUAUUUGUCGUAAUCACUUUUUUUUUGUCAUUUGAUUAAUCAUCUAAUUGUUAAUCAUCAUUAUGUUAACUUAAAUUAGAUUCUCAUUUGAUUUAGUUAAAAGUAGUAAUAUAUUAACUUAAUUUUCUUGACUGGUCAUCUUCAUCUGAUCAAUAUGAUAAACUUAAUUUUAACAAUUCACUUUCACCAUUUCCAGGGUGAUUGAUGAUUAGUUAAGUUAAUUUUUUGAGUGUC